AUGGAUAAAAAGUUGAUUGAAAAAAUGAAGUUGGGCAAUAAUGAUGGACUCAACUCUACACUUGACAUUAUCAAAGAAACCUAUAAAAAUUUUUAAUUAGUUGCUCCAAUCUCACCACAUAAAAAGAGAAAAGGAAUUUUAGAUUCUAAAAAUAUGAAGCAGAAAAUAAAUUUAACACUACUGAAUUAACAAAUUGAGCAAAUAACCAUUUUAUUUAUACAGAAAGCUUUUUCUGUUAUAUUUUUGGAUCACCAUUAGAGAGACUAGAUAGAAAAACUCCAAGAAAAUAUUUAGAAGCGCUAGGAAUAAGAGGAGUAGUUUAGAUUAAAGCAGGAAUAGUUAAGUUAGAGAAGAAAUUCUAUAAAUAUGUAAAAAAUUAUUAGACCUUCACAAUUAAUGACCACAAAAGUACAAAAAAGUAUUUUUAAUUAAAAUGGGGAUGCUUCACCUACACCUAACAGCAGAUGUAGCAGUAAUUUCAGUUAAGAAAAUGAAUUAGAUUUAAGCAUAAACAGCGAUAGUGAUAAUGAAAAUAAUACUUAAUAAUAGUAAUAAAUUCCUUAAAUUUAAUAGAAACCAAGCUAAAUGAAAAGAUUUGCUAAUGUAGUUGGUAGAUUUAUAGAUACAAAGAGAAGGAACUCUUGGAGAAAAGAUUUGAUAAGUAAAUUAGGAAUAAAUAAGCAAGUAGAAGAUAAAUUCGAGAGGUUUAUGUCAAAAAAUUUUACUAAGCUGUAAAGAUAAGAUACUGUUUAAAUAAAUGAAAAGAAAACUGAAAGUAAUUAAAAUGAUAAUGAUAGUAAUGAUGAUCUUACACCGAUGACAAGAUCUAGAAAUAUUUCUUUAGAUAGACUGGUUGUAGGAAGAUAAAAUUUAAGAAAUCAUUAUGAAGAAUUUUUAGCUAAAGAAAAUGUUGAUAUAUCUAACUAUGAAGAUGGAUGGACGAAGAAAAGCAGAAAUGAAAAAUUAUUUCUUAAGAAAUCUCUAUAAAAUUUAAAUUUAUUCUAGAAGCACAAAGAUGCUGUUUUUAAAAAUUCAUAAACUAAUGAAAAGCUCUUUGAAUCACUAAAUUAUAAAUUCUAUAAAAGAAAUGAAGUUAUUUUCCAUAUUGGUGAUGAUGGUGACACUUAUUACAUUGUGCUAAGAGGUUCAGUAGUUUUAUUAUUACCAAAAUCAAAUGAAGAUGCUGAAUUGCUUGAAAAAGAAGCAGAAAUUAGACGAAAUAAUAAGAAGUUAAAAAGAUUACUGAAAAACACUAAGUUUUUUAAAAGAGUAUUUGCCUCAAAAAACUUGUUAAAAUAAAAAAAGGAGCUGGAAAAAAAAAUAUAAGUUAGAGAUCAUAUUGUUUAAGCAAGAGAGAGUAGCUUACCAUUAGUUUUUAAUCUUUCUUAAUCUUCAAUUUUAGCUUAAGGGAAUAAUAAUUAAACGGAUAAAGAAUUUAAUCAAGAAAUAUCACAUCAAUAAUCCAAAUAUUCAGAUUAAGACACUGCUAAAAUAGGUUCUUCUAGAAAGAUUUUGUUUCCAUAAUCUACAGAAGAUAGCCAUGAGGAAUUUAGUUAAUUAUUUACUAACUCUAAUAGUAGCAGUAAUUAAUAAAGAAAAUCAAAAAUCGGUGAUGAUAAAGUUUCAUUUUUUGAGUUAGCUAGAUUUUUAAAAGUUUAAGAAUCAGAUUUUAACUAUUAUGUAAAUAAAUAAUUUCCUCUGAUGAAGUAAAUUAGAAUAUUUGGCCCAGGAGAAGCUUUUGGUGAGAUUGCCCUUUUAACAAAAUCAAGAAGAACUGGAACAAUGGUUUGCAAAGAAGACUCUCAUGUUAUGACUCUUAAAAAAGAUGGAUUUGAUAAAAUUAUGGGAUAUUUAAGAUAAUUAGUAGCAAACUGA